AUCUCCUCGGUUAUAAAGUAGCACAGGGUGACUCAUUCGUGAAGCAAGGCUCGUUUGCUCCUGGGCUGGACCAGGAGCAAAGAGCAAAGGCAACCCUGGUGUUCCUGGUGAACUCAGGCACUCACAGCAAACAGGCUGGCAGGAGCUGCUUUUUAAAUUGACCUGCAUGACCAGCCUGCUUGGUGUAAAAGAAGAACCGGCCAAAGGGAGGGCCUUAAGGACCUCCACAGGAGUGUGAGCAGCACUGCUUCAGCCACAAAGCCUCAGGUCCACAGCUUGGGAAGAAUAUGGCCACUUCCUGGGGGGCCGUCUUCAUGCUGAUCAUAGCCUGCGUUGGCAGCACUGUCUUCUACAGAGAACAGCAGACCUGGUUUGAAGGUGUCUUCUUGUCUUCCAUGUGCCCCAUUAAUGUCAGUGCCGGCACCUUUUAUGGAAUUAUGUUUGAUGCGGGCAGCACUGGAACUCGGAUUCAUGUUUACACGUUUGUGCAGAAAACAGCAGGACAGCUCCCCUUUCUGGAAGGUGAAAUUUUUGAUUCUGUGAAGCCGGGACUUUCUGCUUUUGUGGAUCAGCCCAAACAGGGUGCUGAGACUGUCCAGGAGCUCUUGGAGGUGGCCAAAGACUCGAUCCCCAGAAGCCACUGGGAAAGGACCCCAGUGGUUCUGAAAGCAACGGCCGGACUCCGUUUGCUGCCUGAGCAGAAAGCCCAGGCUCUGCUCUUGGAGGUAGAGGAGAUCUUCAAGAAUUCACCUUUCCUGGUCCCAGAUGGCAGCGUUAGCAUCAUGGAUGGGUCCUAUGAAGGCAUACUAGCUUGGGUCACCGUGAACUUUCUAACAGGUCAGCUGCAUGGUCGUGGCCAGGAGACUGUGGGGACCCUUGACCUGGGGGGUGCCUCCACCCAAAUCACGUUUCUACCCCAGUUUGAGAAAACCCUGGAACAAACACCUAGGGGCUACCUCACUUCCUUUGAGAUGUUUAACAGCACUUUUAAGCUCUAUACACAUAGUUACUUGGGAUUUGGACUGAAAGCUGCAAGACUGGCAACUCUAGGAGCCCUGGAAGCAAAAGGGACUGAUGGACAUACGUUUCGGAGCGCCUGUUUACCAAGAUGGUUGGAAGCUGAGUGGAUCUUUGGGGGUGUGAAAUACCAGUAUGGUGGGAACCGAGAAGGGGAGAUGGGCUUUGAACCCUGCUAUGCGGAAGUGCUGAGGGUAGUACAGGGGAAACUUCACCAGCCAGAAGAAGUCCGAGGAAGCGCCUUCUACGCUUUCUCUUACUACUAUGAUCGAGCCGUCGACACACACUUGAUCGAUUAUGAAAAGGGCGGGGUUUUAAAAGUUGAAGAUUUUGAAAGAAAAGCCAGAGAAGUGUGUGACAACCUGGAGAGCUUCUCCUCGGGCAGUCCUUUCCUCUGCAUGGAUCUCACUUACAUCACAGCCCUAUUGAAAGACGGCUUUGGCUUUGCCGACGGCACCCUCUUACAGCUCACAAAGAAAGUGAACAACAUAGAGACGGGUUGGGCCUUGGGGGCCACCUUCCACCUGCUCCAGUCUCUGGGCAUCACCAGCUGAGGCCAAGCUCCACCUCUGAAGUCUGCAAUUCUGAGCAGUUUUCUCACAGGAAGGCGUGGACUCAGAGACAUUUUCUGACCUCUCUGGAAAAGCCUGGACCGAAACCCUAACUGGCUUUAUAAGGAGGGAGGGGUUUUUAGAUGAGUCUUGCCCUUGAGCCUAGUGAUUUGGGCUUCAAUAAUUUGCACAUCUAAUGUGAAUGGCUCCUAACCACUUGGUGGGUGCAUGGCUGGCACCAGACUGUAAAUCUUUUGGGAUUCUUUGUUACAGAGUCCUGCAAAGGAAAAAAGAGAAAAGCUUUGGAACUCCACGUUAGAUUGCGAGUUCAGAGACAGGUCCCUGGGAACCAAAGAACAAUCUCGUUUCAACCCUUGGAUGCCUCAUUGCUUUGAAUGGUUUCGUUUUUGCUUAUAAGCUGAUUUACUGAAAUCCCAUAACCCAUCAAUGCUGUUAAUUUUUUUCUUCCUACCCUUAUUAUAUUCCCUACCCUAAAAGCCUGGGGGAAAUACCUGGUUUUGCUUCCCAUCUAUAAUUGAGAGAGAGGGGGGAAAAGAUACUGAAUGUAUUAGAAUUUGUGUGAUCCUGUGGCACAAUAGAUCAACCAACCCAUUUAGAGCUUAGAGCUGUCCUAAGUAUUUAAUUUUUAGACAAGGGCUGUGUUGUGUUUGUUGUUCAGGCUGGCCUGGAACUCAGUAUGUAACCCAGGUUGCCUUGAAUUACCAAUUCUCCCGCCUCAGCCUCCUGAACCUUGGGAUUACAGGAGUGAGCUAUUAUGCUCAUGUCACGGUCAAUCUUAGCAAGAUGGAGAGAGUAGCUCUUAACUGCCUAGAUUAGAGCUAUAAGCAAGGAGACCGUCGAGUCUCAAGGGAUCGCUGUUGCCACUCUGGACUUAGUGAACAUUCAGCCCUGGAGAUGCGUGCCUAUCCAGUGUCAGUCAGCACUAACUCCCAAGCCCAUGUGUUUAUAGAAUUAAACACAGCCCUAAACUGUGUGCGUUUGUAUUUCCGUGAAGUACAAAUGUGCCCUUGUUUUUGCGCUGCAGUUAGAAGUUAACGCGUGAGCUAUUUGUGUCUAAAGAUUACCAAUGCUUUCAGUUGUCCUUUGCGGGUGUUGAGGUGUGGAAAGUGCUGGGGAUCGAACCCAGGACUUCUUGAAUGUUAAGCAUAAUGUGCUAGCACUAUGCUUGUAUAGUCCUGCUUUCCUGCCUAGACCCCUGCUGAAUUUGGCUAUUUUCUGAAUUCAUUGUCUAGCUCAGGAUCUCAGAACGCCUUUCCAGUGAUACCCAAAUUUGGUUUGGUAGGCUAUUUUGGUCCACAUUGGUACAGGUCAGGACAGUGAGUAGCACUAGAGAACCAUGUUUUCUCUCUCAGGACGUUUUCUGGGUUGCGGUUGAACACAGGUCAUGCAUGCGAGGCAUGGGUGCUCACUCCACUGCAUUAUUUAGCUCUUUAAAGUCAUUACCUGAAAGAUCUUAAACUUCUGUCACUAUGUCGUUUCUGGUAUUACAUCACCGGCCACAGGGUCUCCUGUCGCUUGGCUCCUGUCACAGCACUUUGCCCUCCUCUUCUCUUCCCAGCCCAGGAAGUUUUCAUCUCCCCUAACGUAAUUUUCCGUCACCUACUUUUCCUUCUGCUCUUCACAAAGGAUGUGACUAUGCCUGGGCCCAUGGUAGUACCUGGGUAACCUUGCUUUUUAAGCCAUUACAUUGAGUCAAUAAUAUAAAGAAAAAGGUAUUCGACCCACUAAAUGCUCACAGUUGAGAGAAACCAAGCUGCUUCCCUAAGAGCAAGCAAGCAAUGCUCAUUAAAGAUGCCUUUUAUAACAGGCCUAUGGCACAGGCCUGUCAUCCUAGCUACCUUGAAGCUGAGGCACGAAGACUGUAAGUUAUAGGCUUGCUACGCAGUCAAUCUGAGUCUACUUUGAGCAACUCAGUGCAACACUCAACAGAUUUUAAAAGGGAUGAGUUAGAAGACAGUGUUCAGUGGCAGAGCUAGUUGGCAAGCCAGGCCCUAGAGUCAGUCCGCAGCACUAGAGACAAAGCAGACAACUGCUGUCUACACAGCUGGUCUCUGACACCUCAGACACAGGGGCCUAGCUAUAAAAUGUGCAUCGUUCCACAGACACCUAUGGUUACCUUGGAUACUGCCAGAACUCCUAAAUACAUGAACUUUUACCUCAGCAAUUUAUCUGCAUGUGUCCUGUUAAUCUUCAAGGCUUUUUGUUCUUUUGGAGACAGGGUUUCUGUCGGUGUAGCUCUGGUUGCCCUAGAGUGGGUCUCUGUAGACCGGGCUGGCCUCAAACUCAUAGAUCUGUCUCUGCCUCUCUAGUAUUAGGAUGAAAGGUGUGCACCACCACUACCCAGCAACGUGGACCUUUCUUAUUAAGGGGCUUCUGCUGUGUUCUGAAGUUCCAUCUCUGUGAAAACAUUAAUAUAUUUUAAAUACCUGGGAUGUGGUCUGGUACAUACUUGCUGGAUGCUGUGUGUGUUAUCACUACUAUAUUAUGAACAUCUGAGUCAUGGAAGUCCUUGCAAAGUGUGCCUUAAAAUUCUCAACCUUUUUAACUUUUUCUCAUACAACGAAGUCAGUAUUCUCAUGAAGGCCCCCAUAUUGAAAGUCACCUUGUCCCGAGAGGUUCUGGCCAUCAUCAUUUUCCAGCAGCUGCCAUCUUUUAUUCUGGGAACGUUUUCUGGGUUUACUGACAUCAUUACUUUGUACUAAGUUUUCCUCAUUGUUUAAAAAGCUGCUCUGUAGCAACAACUGUCUCAUCCCUUCAAAGCUUUUCCAAAGCAGUUUAGCUUAUUUGAAAAGGGGGCUUUCUUACUUCAUCUUUUCAAAAUAAACUGCUGGGCAUGCCGUUCUGUAGUGUUAUCUAACACAGCGCAGGGUCUCUUCUGGAGGCCUCUUUGGCACUUUGCAGUACACACUUCAAAACCCCAAGUAAUGAAGCCACACAGGGAGGAGCUGUGCAGCAGCUGAGCCCCUUCUGACUGGUUGCUGAGGCCUCUGCAGCUGUGCGUGCAAUGAGAUCAUGUAUUGUUUUAUUACUGGACAGAGAAUGGGAUCCCAGAGAGGAGCCAUAAAUAAAACUGAACUGUGGAGCCGUGAUAAGGAAGGAGAAAUAGCAGUAAUAAUAAGAUCUGGCUGUUAUUUAUCUUCAUGUCCCCCUUAAAUCCAGUGGACUUUGUCAAAGCAAUUUGUAUUUAAUUGGCAUGCCAGUGUUAAUUUUAAAACAACAGUCUAACAAAAAUUUAUCAGGUAUUUCUAAUUCUUAUUCUGUCAAGAUAAUUAUAUAAAUUUAUGACCAGCAUUUAAGUACUUUAUUUAGAAAGGUCUGUUGCCAAGUGAAGUGAGGGAGAACAUCUUGGAGAUUCCUUUGUUUGUGUAGUAAUAAAAAGUUCCUUUUAAUUAAA